AUUCACAUUCGCAAUCGUAGUGGCAGUCGCAGUGGCAUUGGCAGUGGCAUCGACCGAUCUGGCAUUGAUCAGGAUGAAUACAACUGCGUCAGUUCCAAACGGAACCAAUGGAACCACAAGCACGAGCACGAGCACGAGCAGUGCCAAUCAUGCUACAAGAACUAUUUUACGAAUCAAACGGCGGCGAACGGAGCAUCCGAUCCCUUGCAUUCGAUUGGAGGGGCUAGUGGACAAUCCCGGUGCUAGCGAAGUUUCUGCCACGGGAGGGAAAGUCUCGCGAAAACGACAGCAACACGAGGAAGAGGGGGAGCCGUCCAGAGAGGCAUCUAGGCGUGCUUCUUCCUCCAAGCGCUCUUCGGCGGCCAUGUGGAAACGGGUGUUGCACGACGACAGCAACGAAAACAACAACGACGGCAACGGCGCUUGGAACGCCAACGACAACAACACCGGCAGCUAUCGGAUCGUAGAUGCCGUCUUUACGAAUACGAAUGCAAAUACGAAUGCGGGCCGGACAGGGGAAGCGGGUGAGGGCUUUGGUGGUGGCGAAGCUGCCAACGGGCCCUCCUCGAACAAGCGCCGGAAGCUCACCCUCCUGGAUUGCUCCACGGUCGUCUCCGAAGAGUCCCCGCUGCUUUGGUCCCUGGSCAAGAACCCCGCCGAGCAAUCGCGCACGCGYACCCGCCGCAAGGCACCGCUCAAGGUCCUGGAUCCCUGGACCCGGAUCGUCGACGACCAGCUCCGAUCCGUUCAGCAGGGCACAACCACGCCCGAGGCACACUAUCGCCAGCUGACGACGGAUCCGAAAUUCACYUUUCGAGACAGCGUGGAAAAGYGCAGGUACCUGGGGUGGAGGCUCGAGGACGGGACCAAUCUCCUSCACUGCUGCGCCCUGUGGAACGAUCCCUCGACGGCCAGCGAGGUCCUGCGAACGUGCGGCCAAGGGUCCUGGACCAAUCCCGCGAGCGCUUCCAACGCAAGGUYGGAGUGGAUGGAGCAGGUGGAUGGAGACGGUCGGACCCCAUACGAGCUGGCAAAGCUGAUUGGGCACGACCGGGUCUGUGAGGUUCUGGAGGUGUACGGUGGAGACACCAGCAAUUACGUCUACGAUGUSUUUUAUUUGGAAAACAACGACGACAGCGACAACAAUGUGCACGAAGCAUCGAACGGCAAUCCCGCCGGUAGUGGUGACGGUGGUACCAUCAGCGAACCUCUCGGAUACGUUGAUGCUUAYGGUAACAACAACAUCCUGACGGCCGAAUUGUCUAGUGGGGUUGGCUACUGGACCCCGGAGGGAGAUCUCGUGUUCGAAACCGCUACCGACGACGAUCCAUCGGGGAGAUUCCAGGGGAACAACGAUGGAUACGACGACGACGAUGCGGAUUCCAAUUGCGAGGACCACGGAGCCAACGAUUAUCCCGAGCACGAUGCCGACGAAUUCGACCUGCAACACCAACACGGCUACRACGAUUACCGUGGGUACCACCCAAGCAACAACCUGGAUCGCGAAGACGCGGAAAGCAACGGUAAUUACGGUGGUACGCCGGAUGGRUAUGGCAGAUACGGAUGGGACCAUGGCUAUCACAACCCUGGCGACCACGACGAAUACGACGACGGCUACGGCGAAUGCGAAUACGAAUACGACUGGGAACAAGAUUUGCACUAACGAACGGUUGAUGCAAACCAACGAACUAAGUUUACAGCCUCGCCACGUGGUGCCGCACAAGCAACMAUYGCGUCGGCAUACCUCGCCAUGCUUUUCCAACAGUAAAAYGUUCUUGYGCCCACCAAUUGUCGUCUCGGGUUCUUGUUCGGAAACACCAAUCUUCUGAUUUUAUUCUUGCUCUCCCGGCAGCUGUUCCGUCGGGAAUGUAGUCUGCACCGAGAACAAAACAACCCCGGCUUUGUCCCUCCAAUACUGCCAAACAACUUUGAAUGCUGCAGCACUAGUAGUACUAGUAGUAGUAGUAGUAGUAGUGCUUUAAGAAAACGCAAUGUCAUAUUUACCCUAGUAAACAAGAAGGAGGGGGGAGACUGCUCCCAGAACCCCCAAGGGGUGGAACUUGGAAAGGAGCUCAUCCAAGCCAAUAGUAAUGGUGGUGAUGUACACCAGGAAUUGUGCUAGAUCUGGUCCGGGAGGGAGAAGUACGAGUAAUCAGCAGUGGGGGUCCUGGCACCUAGUUGUAGCUCCUUUUGUGYUGUUGCUUCUUCUUGGAGUAAGCAUCAUAAACUACUAGUACUAGCAUGUUGGUUGUGGCACACUCCAGAGAUUGUUUUCGGCAUGGAGCAAUGGGGUAGGUGUUGGCAGUGGGAGUGAUAGCUUGAGUGUUUUUGUAGAUAAAGCUUUUCCUAUACC